AUGAAGCGCGAGACACUUCUCAGACUUUCCCUCCUGGCACUGGUUCCACUGCUGGCCAUCGAAGCCCGCACCUUGCCUUCUAAAGACGACUCUGCCCGGGCCCUGGAAGCCAGCUCACGGAUGGGCAUGCUGUCACGGUUCGAGCCCAUAAUCUCGAACAUGGUCGUUCCUCUCCUGGUGGCCACGGGCGUCGUGAGCCUGGCGCGUAUGGUACCCUCGGUGGUAUCUCAGAUCCCCAACGUCUUCGGUUUCGCCAAGCGCCACGGGUACACCGAGCUUCCUCGCGAAGUGUACGAGCUCAUGCAGAUGCUCGACAAUGCCAACGUCAAGUACGAAGUGAAUACGAACCAGAGGUAUCCUCAGUACCAGCACCAGAACUACAAGGUGCCUGUGCAUCAACAGGCACAACGGCAGCACGGUUAACGACGCCUCAACGACAAUCCCUGGACCAGAAGGGCAUUCCUGCUCACCUCAGGAGUCUGUGCCUCCUCCGAUGGACUCUCGCUACUUCGCUGUACAUAAAGAGACACUAUUUAUUUUCGCUUCGUUAUUUAUGAUGUCCCGUGUGAAGUCCUCAAUAAAUGCAUGUUGACAAUUAA